UAUUAUGCUCGUGUGUGUGUGUGUGUGUUGGGAAUCCCCCGCCUUUAGUACUGUUAGUGUGGAAAAAAGUGUUGACUUUGACAAGGAUUUAGGAUGGGUGAAAAGAUGAAGAAAGGCCAGCUGUGCUACCUGGUGUCACUAUGUGAUGCAGGUGCAGCUGGGGAAGGCAAACAUCAAGUAGUCUCACCAGCAGACUCACCCCCUUAUUUUUGUACAACAAAUAACAUGCAGAGUGCGGUUGUAUACCUCUCACAGGAACUCCAGGGUUUGGGGCUUAACUGUGGCCUCAUAGAAACUGGAAGCCAGAAGGUGAACUUGGUGGCCCUCAUCAAUGCCUGCUGGGAGGUAUCGCGGCUCUACCGUUCUUCCGUCCAUGAUUGCAACACUCUUCAAGAUCAGAGGAGAAGAGAUGCAGCAGAUAUGAAUCAUUUCCAAAACAGCAUAAGGGAUCUAAGAGGGACAGUCGAAGACAAGGAGCGACAAGUCUGUGAUGCACAAGAGAGGGAGAGGCAGGCAGUCACGGUUAACAAAGCUCUUGCAUCAAAGCUCAAAGCAGAGAAAGAGGAGGUGCGUAGGCUAGGAAGCGUGUUGCAGCAGAGAGAAGCACAUCACCAGCAUGAACUUCGGAAGAAGGAGACAGAAAACAGUCGCCUUCGUGAGAGACUGCAUAGACUUGUAUCUGGGGAGAAGUCUUCAGAUACCAGAGCACCGGCCAUGACUAUUUCCAAUACGCUUUCACGGUCAAAUCGAUCAAGAGCAAAGUGGAAAACGGAAGCAUCUGGAGUUAGGCAUGAGGAGGACAUGCAUCGGAAGGUCCUCAGCCAGUACGAGGCUUGGGUAGGGCAACUAAGCGAUGAAAAUGAGCAAUUGAAGUCGUGCCUGUCUUCUGUGUCCUCGCAGGUGUCGAGAUUAGCUUCCAAGAUUACAAAAAGUGAAACUCGACUGACUUCCGAAGAUGUGAAUUCCUCCAUGAACUCGUCCACAUUCAGUACCGACAGCCUUGAUGACCCAAUGUUCAAUCUGGACUUCCCUGCAUUCCGCAAUCAGAUCCAGAGGUCUCUGGAUGAAAACCUAAAAGCCAUUACACAGGGAGUAGAAGAAAAAGUCAUGAAGGAUAAUAUUGCUCAAAAUGUGGAUUUGCAAGCAAGAGAGGAAGUGAAAACUCUUCGGUUGCAGUUGUCAAGAGUAAAAGAUCAGCUUAGAAACUACCAGCAGUGCCAUAAGAAAGGUAAUGAUGAAAAAGAGAUGACGUUCCUAAUGGACGGAGGCUACAUAGAGGAAAGAGCUGAGCUCGAAAAGGAAAGGCAAGAGCUGGAGAAGGAGAGGAGAGCUUUGCAACAGGAGAGAGAAUCAUUUGCUGAAGCUGCAAUAAGGUUGAAUAGGGAGAGAGCAGUUUUUGAGGGAGAGAAGGUAGAGCUUCUGAAAAGACAGUUUCUGCAGGACCUUCCUACAACACUCAAUGACCUGGGCACUGCAGAUGUGAUGACCAGUGGGCAUGAGAGUGGUGGCAGCCUUUCAAGUGGAAGCAUAGGCGAGGUUUUCUCAGACUCCCCGCACCGCAUCCUUGCCGUGCCAGAGAUCACUCCUCCCCGUGGGAAUAUCACACUGGCUCGGGGUUCCCAGCCAGUUGUGUUAGGGCCCACCAUGCUGCCUAAACAACGCAAUGAAAGGCCAGGCUAUGGUGGUCACAAAGCUGUCUACCGCAUGAAGUCUGCCCCAGCAAGCAGAGCCUCAUCCGUCCCGCGCUUUCUUGAUGAAUUUGAGGGUAAGUCGCCCAGCCCCAAUAACAGGCCUCCCCACCCACGACCGCGCACUCUGGAGCGGAUGAAGCGGAAACCUCUCUCAGGCUCGGCUUCCCCCAGAUAUCGGAGUCAGAGUCAGGGUCGUUUGGAAUUGGCCAAAGACGAUGAUCAUGUCAAGAAGAGGGGUGAGUUCACCUCCCUUCCAGCCAGGGUCAAGGGAGAAGCCCUUUUACGUUCCCUGAGAACAGACGGCAGGGAAGUCAUUUAUCCGCCCAUUACAGUAGACAGAGAAGGGUUGAAUUACUUACCUGCAUAUUACCGUGAGAAUCCCAAGACUGUGAAAAUACCUGGGCAAAGGUAUCCCCAAGAAAAUCACUUUCAAGCCGAGAAGGAUAGAUAUGAAGCUGAAGAGGAUGAGGAACCAGUUGAUAGCAAGGGGCUCACACUUUUAGAAAAGGACCUCAUGAAUCUCAUGGCACAGAUUGGACAACAGCAAGGGGAAGAAAUAGCCUUGAAUUCUUGCUCGGAUAACAGCCCAAUGUACGAAGAACCAACCUUCAUGAGGAAGCAUUCAAAGAAAAGUCCAAGUUCUGUUCGACUCAGUGCUCCAGGGAGUUUAUGCUCAAGCCGUAGGUCUAGUCGAGACCUCAGUGAUGACUACUAUAAGAACAUGCACAAACAUCUAAUGAAGAAAAACCAGUCAUAAUGACAUAAUAUUGUAAUAUGUGGAAUGAUCUAUCAUUAUUGAGAAGUGAAAUCUGUAACGUAAGCCAGUUUCUAAAAAUGUAAAAACUACAUAACUAAGAGUAAAUUUAGAAAUGAUUGAAUAUAUAAUGUGACA